CACUGUCACACCAAAGUUUUGACCGUUUUAUUUUGGCCGCCUCCGUCAAAAGAGUUUGAAAAGUGCUUGCAAAAUGUUGCAAAACGAUGCGGUGCGGACUUUGCAAUACGAUAGCGAAAUUCGCGUGGCCCAGCAGCCAAGUCCCACAGAGCCAAGAGUUUUUGAUUCGCACAUAAGUAUUACUUCACAACCAAGACCGGAAGCUCCUCGUAUUCCCCUGCCAGUUCCCAUAGCCACUGUCACGGGCAGCAGGACCUUUAUCCCUUUAGCAGGAUACGACUGCCUGGCGGACCUUCCCUCAGUGCACAUUGAACAGACUUUCGAACUAAAUGAAGCACUGACUGGGGUUUCUUCGGAGAAUCGAUAUGUGGUGCGAUCACCUUUGGGAGAUGCCAUCUUCGCGGCCAGCGAAAGUUCUACAGAAAAGAAUCGUCUGAUUUGGGGCUCUGGACGACCAUUUCAAAUGCAUCUGCUGGACAAAACCCACCAGGAAGCUCUAGUCUUUCGCAAAAAGCUAGCCAUGGGAUCAUUCUGCUGUCAGCCAAAGAGCCUGGAGAUCUGGAUUCCACCGGGCAAUGUCCUGGGCCGAGUAGUCCAAUCGCCCACUUUCAUGCAGCCAGAGUUCUUCAUCGAGGAUGGAAACACCGGACAGCCAGUAUUUUGUGUAGAAGGUCCUCCCAACUCAGGUUUCUGUUGCUUUUGCCUGCCGAGGGAUAGUUAUUUUAAGAUCAAUUCUGGUGGGAAUAUGAGGGCUUCCAUCGACCACAAAUGGAUGACCAGCAAGUCUCAGUAUACGACAAAUAUCUACUUUAGUGAUACCAAGUUAACAGCCAAGGAGAGGGCCCUAAUCUUGGGUUCUGCCUUUUUGCUGGAAUAUCUUUACUUCCAAACACGCUUUUAAUGAAAAAAAA